AACUGGAGAACGGCGGCACAAGAAGCGAUCGGUGGACAAGGCCUAGAGUUACUACUUUUCCGGCUUCACACUCUGCUUAAUCCCUGCUCAAAUUCGCUCCUUUUUGUCCAUCUUCAUUCACAAACAUGUCAAAGUCGCAGUGGAAAUGGGAAAACGCAACUGCCGGUGCCCUUGCUGGCUUCGCCACCGUCGCCGUUACGCACCCUCUAGAUGUCGUCCGUACCAGGUUUCAAGUUAACGAUGGUCGAGUUCCGAACCUCCCAACUUACAAGAGCACUGCUAACGCUCUUUUAACAAUAGCCCGUCUUGAGCGUUUAAGGGGUUUUUAUGCUGGCUUCUUUCCUGCUGUUCUCGGGUCAUCUGUUUCUUGGGGCUUAUAUUUCUUCUUCUAUGGCAGAGCCAAAGAAAGGUAUUCUAGGAACAGGGAUGAGAGGCUGAGUGCCGGUCUUCAUCUUGCUUCUGCUGCAGAAGCUGGAGGUCUAGUUUGUUUGUGCACAAAUCCCAUUUGGCUUAUAAAAACAAGGUUGCAGCUUCAGACUCAUCUUCAUCAAAAUCGACAUUAUUCUGGCCUUUAUGGUCUGCUUCGUAUCUUGUGUUAAUUUCCUAUAAUGUGCUCCUAGAGAUACCCUUUUCUCUGGUGACUCAUAAUCAAUUUUGAUUUCAAGUUGCAAGCAAUGAACUAGCUUUCAAUAUCAAUCUUUUGGAUAUAUAGCUUGAUCCUAUUUCUGGAUUGCUUUCCUUGGCAAUUAUAUUUCCGAAAUGAUUUUGUAUAAAUAUGGUACAAGGACUUUGGUUGAAAAUUGAGCUUACUUUUAAUUGAUUGAUUAACAAAACAUACUGUGUUUAUAGCUUGGAGAUGUAGAACAUUUUUCUGUCAGCAGCCUUAUCGUAAAAUUUAUUGAGGCUGUUCUUUUCACCUUGAGCCUGAACCUUACAACCUGUUUUUCUAGUUCAUUUUAUGUUCUUUCCUAUUGCUUGCUAAUUUCUUCAAAAAUCCUUUAUGAUUUAAAACUUUCAGAUGCCCUAAGAACCAUACUAAAAGAGGAAGGAUGGACUGCACUCUAUAGAGGGAUUGUUCCUAGUCUUUUGUUGGUUUCCCAUGGAGCUAUUCAGUUUACUGCAUAUGAGGAACUUCGUAAAGUUAUUAUUGACUUUAAACAAAGUAAAAGGAAUCCUGAAAGUUCUAGUAAUCUGUUGAAUUCAGUUGAUUAUGCUCUCCUUGGAGGAUCUUCUAAAAUUGCUGCCAUUCUUUUUACUUAUCCAGUUCAGGUUAUUCGAGCUCGAUUGCAGGUAAAAAGAACUGUACAUCUUUCCUUUUAGGAGAACUUAGCUUUCUUAAGACUGCAGGGAUAUUCCUUCAUCAAUGAAUGAUAGAAGUGGAUAGCCAGUAGAGCUGACUCAAGAUAUUUGUGACUUUUUAUUUUCUUCUCAUCAUAGCAGGAAUCAGGUAUAAUCUUCUUUCUUUUGCAGCAACGACCAAAUAAUGAAGGAAUUCCAAGAUACAUGGAUAGUUGGCACGUUGUGAAAGAAACUGCAAGAUUUGAGGGUUUUCGAGGUUUCUACAAGGGCAUCACAGCGAACCUUCUGAAAAACGUCCCCGCAUCUUCAAUAACAUUUAUUGUAUAUGAGAAUGUCCUCAACUUAUUAAGACUAGUAAAAACGAAUGACUGAAAAUUUUUGUUUAUACCUUAACCAUUUGUUACAUUCUUUAUUCCUUAGUUGAAAUCAAUAUUAGGCUGAGUAGAAAGAGAAGAAAUAAGAUGUACUUGAGAGAGAUUAUAUUGGGGAAAAAAUUUCCCAUUUUUUGUUUUUUAUUUUCCACAUUUAACAUAAAAGGCUGCAUGGAUGCAGAAAUGAAGUAGCUGAUGUUUU